ACAAAAAUCUAGCAAAAACAAUUUUAGAAUACAAAUUUUGCAUUUAAAAACAAAAUACACAGCCCCGCACCAAAAAAAUUUCGAUAAAAUUGCCAAAAAACUUUGCCAAAAUUAUACCUAUUAUUGAGAAUAUACAAAAAAAAAAAAGAAAAAACUCAAAAAAUACUAUUUCAAAAAAAGUAUACCCUGACCAAAAAUAUUGAUGCUAAAUUCGGCAAACUCUCUACCAUUACAAUCCUUGCGUGUAAACCCAAAACGUUCGGCAGGCAUGUGCGGCACCAUCAUAUUUCGGCAGCACCCACGGACCGAAUGAAAUGUGAGAGGAGCCCGUUUGGCGUCAAGCUUAACCAUCAGGCGAAGCACAUCAAGAAUGAAGGAACAACUGUCUUCGAAACAGCAGGAGCGCAAUGAAAAGAAAAAGAAGAAGAUGGCCGCUCUAGCAAACCUCAUGCAACUGAACGAUAGAGAUCGUGUGCACGAGGCAGAGCUGGCCAAGCGUCGCGAGGCCCUCCUCAAGAGCGGCUCAGAUGGCGCAGCCUCGCCCAAUGAUGAUGACGACGGAGGCUUUGUAACAGUGUGCAGUAAACGAAAGCCCCGCAAUCGUCUUACAAUUAAAAACACGAGCGAUGAAAGUGCUGCAUGCGAUGCGGAUGAGCCGAAAAUCAAGAGAAGUCGUAGUGCCGAGGGUGGCGGCGGCGACUUGCCGGAUCCCGUGUCCACAUUGACUGAGGAACAGUACAAGUCACUCUCUGCGGAGUUGCGCCGGCGCAAACGCGAACUGGAGGACAUGCCUGGUCUGCGUUUGCGCGAAAUGGGGCAGCGCGCCUCUUUGGAGACGCCACAGGAUGUGCGCACACCAAUCUUCCUUACCGAUAUACAGCAUCUGCUGAUGUCCGCGUUGAUCGGCAGAAACAGUCCAUGUGCGCCAGAUCGCUGGUGCUCGCUGGACAAAUGGCUGAGCCUGUCGCACAGCGUGGUUGUCAUCCUGGAGGGUUUGUCGCUAUAUCAUUAUUUGUCCAACGAGAGCCGCUUCGAGGCGACCAAUCGUAUAUUCAACACCAAACUAGAGAUGUUGCUGCCGCCGCAGGAUGAGGGUAAAAUUAUCGACGAGAUUGCGCAGAUUCCGCUGACAAAUGUGCAAGCGCAAAAGUUAAUUGACGAACACGGCUCAUUAGAGUCGGCCGUGGAGCUGAACAAGGACCCCACACUGCUUGUUAAGACAAUUUUUCCAAUCGAGAAACAAACAUGCAAAGAUGCGCUGGAGCUGCAUCCGGACGAUAAAUUUCCACGCACCAAACUGCUGCUCUCGGCCCUACAGAUGGUCGACGAGGGCUAUCCCAUUCCCCUCCAGGGUGAGCUGCACAGCCGCUUUAAGUCAUUUGUGUUCACAAAAAAACGUUAUGCGCCCGUCACCGACCGCAGUCCCAUGUACGGCGUAGAUUGCGAAAUGUGUCGUACCAUCGCAGGCGUCAAUGAGCUGACACGUAUUUCGAUUGUCGAUGAGAAACUCGAGACCGUGUACGAGUCGUUGGUGCGGCCCAUCAACAAAAUCACCGACUAUCUGACACAGUACUCCGGCAUAACUGCCGAGCUGAUGGAGUCGGUCACCAAGCAAUUGUUUGAAGUGCAGCAAGAGGUGUCUCAGUUGCUACCUGCCGACGCUAUAUUAGUGGGUCAGUCGCUUAAUUCGGAUCUGAACGCGCUCAAAAUGAUGCAUCCAUAUGUAAUCGAUACUAGUGUGUGCUUCAACAUUUCGGGCGUGCGUAAGCGUAAGAGCAAGCUGAAGCAUUUGGCCCAGACUUUCUUAAAGGAGCAAAUUCAAGAAAAUGAUGAUGGACACGACUCCAUUGAGGACUCGCGUGCCACCCUCAAGCUGGUCAAAAUGAAGCUGGCCAACAGCAUCGAAUUCGGCGAUGAAAUUCUGACGCAACGCAAGCGAAUUCAUGAGGUGGUCCGUGCCAGCAGUGGGGACAGCAUCAAGAACAAUCUGUUUGCCCACGUGGCGAAGCGGGACAAGCGCACGGCCAUCGUAACAGUUGGAGAUUUGCAGCCGCGGCUCAAGGAGGUUAUUCAGAAAGCGGAGCAGGCGGUGCCGAAGGAUAAUCGCAAAGCGGUACAUGUACACGAGGUGUCUUCGCCCAAGGAGGCGGUACGCAAGGUCAACGAGAUUGCUCUGGAGCAUGCCUUGACAAUUGCGAAUCUGCUUGUACCCGAACAGGACUUUAUGUUGGAGACAGCGGAGCGAGCGGCGACCAAGGUGGACAAACUUAUUGAGCGUCUGUGGAACACAGUCGCCCACAACGGACUCUUCCUGGUGCUAAUGGGCGGCUCGGCGGAAUGCACGAAGGGCGUGGCUAAAAUCGCCAUUAAGCGUCUUAACGGCACUAAUGAAACGAGUGCGCCGCUCAGCGUUCAGGAUUAGAAUGUAAAUAGUAUAAUGGGGGGAGGAGAGGAGUGUGCCCGCCCACGACUCUAAUAUAGAUGACCGCUAUAAUAUAUUAUUUUUGAUAAACAAUAUCAAAUGCUUUAAACCAACAAAACUUAACCAAUUAAAAUUUGCGUACAGUGCAUCUUCAAGUUUUUGGUGUAGUGGCUGGUAGUCGCAGAGCCAUCAAGGAAAUUUCUUCGUAUUUGGAUUUAAGUACACAAGACCACAAGCAAAUAAAAUCCAACCCCAAUCCCAAAACUUCAACUCUUAAACCCAAUAUGUGUAACCCGUCAAGUUAACACAUUUAUCUGAAGAAAAUUAUAAAUUUAUCUUGAUGAAUAUUCAGCUAUGAAUAAUGAAUAAACAAAUUCUACAUUUAUUUUUUCAUAAAAAAUAUAAGAAAACUUUUCAAACUUAA